GCUCAGUCAAGCUGUGAACGCGCCCGGAACAGGUCAAAUAUUUGUUGUAUCCAGAGUUGUUGUAGUAGUGUUAUCGCACACUAAAAAUAGGACAAAAACUAAACUAAAAAUAAGACGAAGUGUUGAUAAUAAGAAAGAAUAAGUACAUUGAGAGAGGUGCGGGUGGUGUUUUUUUUUCUAUUUAGUCGUUUCGUCGAAGAUGAUCAAUGCUUUCGUAGAAAGCCCCCAUCAUCAUCUGUCGACGUACGGAUUGAAGAUGAGUCCGGGCCCGAAUCCGGGCGGCCCAAUUCCGCCACCCCCAACGCAUCAACCGGCAGCAAUGACGCCACCGGAAGCGGCACAAAAUCAUCAUUUCCAAACGAAUUACACUCAUAUGGGUCAUCUUAGCGCUCAUCCAGGUUACGCAGCAAGGGAUUUUCUUCUUCGAAGGGAUCACCAUGAUUUUCCGCCGGCACAAACCGCCCCAAGCGAUACCGUUUUAUUUCACCACCAUAGCGAUAUGACCCAUCAACAUCAUCUUCCACCACACCAUCAAAUGCUUUACGGCCGAACAGAUCCCCAUCAUACGUAUCCACAACCACACCAUCAACAAUAUCUAAAUCACAUGGGUAUGGCACAUCAUCCCGGAAACGUUCACGGCGCUUUUUUUCGGUACAUGAGACAACCAAUUAAACAGGAAAUGCAGUGUCUUUGGGUAGAUCCAGAACAAUCAUCGCGAAAAAUCUGUGGAAAACACUUCAACAGUAUGCACGAGAUUGUGACGCAUUUAACCGUGGAUCAUGUUGGGGGACCAGAGUGUACGAUACACGCGUGUUUUUGGCAGAAUUGCUCGCGCGACGGCCGACCGUUUAAGGCCAAAUAUAAAUUGGUUAAUCAUAUUAGGGUACAUACUGGUGAGAAGCCGUUUCCUUGUCCAUUUCCUGGUUGCGGAAAAGUUUUUGCUAGAAGUGAAAAUUUGAAAAUCCAUAAAAGAACACAUACAGGAGAGAAACCAUUUAAAUGCGAAUACGAGGGUUGUGAUCGUCGUUUUGCCAAUUCGUCUGACAGGAAGAAGCACUCGCACGUCCACACCUCGGACAAACCUUACAACUGCCGCGUUGCCGGCUGCGAUAAGUCGUACACGCACCCAUCCUCCCUCAGGAAACACAUGAAAGUACACGGCUGUUCGGGUCGUUCGCCGACGCAUUAUGAUAGCGAUGAAGAAGAUUCCAGUUCUUCGGCGGGUAGUAUUACGGUUGCCGCAAGUCCUCAAGUAGCGACGACGCAUCCUCAAGUCUCUUCAGCAGCGUCUUCAACAUCAUCCUCUGGACCUUUAACCGAUUGGUACGUUGCGUGUCAACCUAUGCCACCAGCGCCAACAGCUCCCGAUCCUUUGGGACACCACCACAGUUUGGGUCAUCAUCCGUUUGGUCAUCACGUGCAUCAUACGGGGGCUGCGACUGCUUACUGACAGUGACCGAAAUUAUUGUGUCUAUGUAAAUAAUAAAGAAAAAUUAAUUCCGCGUGUAAAAAGAUGAUUCGAGUUUUGUAAAAUAAUUAUAUGUAAAGAUUUUUUGUAGUUUUCUGUUUUUAAGGAAAAAACGAAGCGAUUAAGGUGAAGAAGACGAAGAAAAGGUGAUCAAGUGUAAAUAUAGUGUAUUUUAAUCAGGGAUCUCUGUACAUUCGAUUAUAUGAUGAUUAAAUGAUUAUUCUAUUCAGAAAGUUUAUAUGAUGAUGAUGACGCUAAAUGAUGAUAAAUAAUAAAGUUUUAUUGAGAUGAA